UCCAAGUUGCAGCUUGUUUUGCAAGUUGUAAUAGCAGCGGCAGUUAACGUGGUUCAACGAGUGGGACUAUUUCUGGCUCUAAUGUCAGCUAGAUCUAAAAAUUCUUCUAUGGCUACACAGGCUGCUGACCCUCGCGUCAUUGCACGUCAUUGAAUCAGACUGCAUAUUUUGUGGCCUACUCCCCGAGUACUACAAUAUUAUUACAAGAUUAUAGAUGACCACGAUAUCGGGCGACGCGGUGGGGAGAAAUCAUUAUUUAUUUGGGUUCUGAUUAGGUGCAUCAACAGGUAGUUUUUCGUAACAGAGAUAGGCCAGUCUGUUGUGCCUUUAGCAUAUAUAAGGACGGCCGAAAGUGGACAUGCGUUAGUAAUGAGAGAACAGAGGCUAUUGUCGUACCUGCAUUGAUAAUUGCCAUCGAUUGAAUGAGUAACAUCUGAUUGUGUCAGUCAAUUCUUAUCAACUGCAUAUCCCAUCUGCCGUUUUGUCCUUAUCGGGCAUUACAUUGACCGCAUUGAACAAGAGCUAGACUUCUGUAUCUAAAGAAGAAAACGGUCAAGUAAAAAACGCAAGUUCCUCAAAUCCCUUUUAAUCGUACCUGUUUAUUCACCUUGUAUUAAUUACGGAGCGAUCAUCAAGAUGACUGCCGGUCUGAGAACAAUGAGCUUCGUAAAGUUAAAUCAUCGUGUCCUGCAGAGUCUAAACAUUCGCAAGUAUGUGAGCGAUCAGCUUCUCGCGGACGGCGAGGUGAAGAAAUCAAGGAUAUCGCAGGACAUUGAUACCAAUAUGCUGAAAAUCGGUUUCCUCGGCGGGGGAAAAAUGGCCCAGGCGCUCGCCAAGGGUUUUAUACGAGCGGGUUUAAGCAAAGGCGAAAUGAUGCUGGCUAGCUGCCUUCCAAACGACAUUGGGAGUAUCGAGUCUUUUAAGGAAAUGAAAUCAAAUACUGUUUUUACGAAUGCACCUGUCAUCGAUCACGGUGAUGUGUUAAUCCUUUCGGUAAAGCCGCAAGUCGUGCCGAAAGUUUUGCCAGAGUUCAGGAUACACGAUAGCAACAAGUUGCUCAUUUCCAUCGCUAUGGGCAUUUCUCUGGCGUCGUUAGAAAAGGCGCUACCGAAAGAAACACCUGUAAUAAGAGUGAUGCCGAAUACACCUGCAUUGGUUGGUUGCGGCGCUACCGUGUUUGCGCGCGGAAAAUACGCGAGUGACGAGGAUGCCGAAAUUACCGAGAAGCUGUUUUCCGCCGUGGGCAUCUGUGAAGAAGUCCCGGAAAAUUUCAUUGAUCCCGUAACCGCCUUGGCCGGUUCUGGUCCUGCCUAUAUAUACAUGGUAAUCGAAGCGAUGGCCGAUGGUGGAGUUAAAAUGGGACUCACUAGGCCUAUUGCAUAUAAACUCGCGGCACAAACUGUCUUAGGUGCCGGCACCAUGGUGCGCGAGACAAAUCUUCAUCCAGGACAGCUUAAAGACGACGUGACUUCGCCGGCAGGCUCCACUAUAACUGGGAUUCAUCAAUUAGAGAAACAUGGCUUAAGAUCAGCGCUAAUCGAUGCUGUGGAGGCGGCGACGCUUCGAUGUAGAGAAGUUAGCUCGCAACCUGAGAACAAUUAAUGGUAACGAUUACUUGUUUAUGUGCAUUUUAAAAGAUGAUAUUCAUUUAGAGAUGGUUUUGAAUAAGACAGGACAAUUAUACCUGGUGAUACAAAUCUUAAUUACAUUUUCAUACUAUGAUAACAAUAAUUUUGUUAUAUCAAAGGAAUAUGUUUAUCGGAAUUUUUAAUUAUUUUAACAUAAUUUUUGAUUGUUGUACUAACUUGUUAUUAUGAUUAACACAAGCGGUGUGAUAAUGACCUUGUGAUAAUUUGCAAUUUCAACGAAUCAUCAUUAAUUUUUAAGCUGUAGUUGCAAUUAAAAAUACUGCUGUUAGUCUCUCUAAAAGUUUAGUAAUAUAAUGUCGAUAAGACAAUUUUGUAAUUAGUUAAAACGUUAGCAGAAUGUUUAAUUAUUUGAAAGUAAUCUAUUUUGGUGGAAAAUGUGGAAAUUGACAA